UUUCAUGGGCUAGGUCCACAUCAAAAAGCAGGUCAGUCGCAAUACCCCUACGGCGUGGACAACUCAUCUGUGCUGCUCCAUCGACGAGGCGCCGCACGCUCGCCGACGAAAGACGCGAGCAAAGCGGACAUCGCGCGCACAGCGCUUUGUCCGAACAUGCCCUUCCACGUCCGCUACCGGUCGCUCUCCUCGGCGCAAAAGUCACCCGGUCCGACGCCCUCACCGGUUCGGGCAGCCCAUUUCCCGCACUCAGCCACGUCUGCAGCGCAAGCGUCCGCGCUCUCGCCGGCCGCAGCAUCCGCAUCCGUAGGCGGCUCCAGCUCAAGGUCCUCCUUGGGACCGUCCUCCGCGCACCAGCAUGUGCGGAGCAACAGCUACCAUCACGAUACGUCCAGUCUCUCAACAUCGUACACGACUGUGGCGCGGGGGAUACAUGAGAUGCUGAGCCCUGCAGCUGCGUAUGAAGCCUCAGGAGGAGGAGAGGAAGCAGGCUAUUAUACCUACCACGCCGCAUCACAUGACCGCAACACAGACUACGAAGCCGGCUUCGGACUGGGCGCCGCUACCGCCAGCGCGGAUGUCACCCGCUGCCGCAUGUACGAUGUCGUACUUGAGGACGGCACAAGCGGUGAGCUCGACGGUGACGGAGAUGCAGAGCGAUAUAACCACGAGCGAAGAGUCGCAGGGCCUGCGCUCCUCCCGUGGCUUGGCUCGGUUGUCAUCGACCAAAAUGGCACCGUGGGCGCCGCCAACGGGUCAAGUCGGACGGGAACGAUAAGCAGCAACGCGGACUUUCCGAGGAGCGGUAGCGGCAGCAGCAUUACCGCCGUCAGGAGCCCGGCCACCGGCGAAGGCGCAGAACACGGAGGUGGGAAGGAGUACAACUGGAACAAACUGCAGGACCGACUGAUGGAGCUUCUUGAGACGGAGAGGAGCUAUGUGAAGAGGAUCGAGAUCUUGAACUCGUGCUAUGCCAUCCCGCUGCGACAGCUUUCUCGCGAUCGUGACACGGCAAUCCUGCCCCUCUAUGAGGCGCAGCGGCUGUUUGGCAACAUUGGCGAAAUCGUCGGAGCGAACAAGGCCUUCCUGCAGCAGCUCGAAUCGCUCAUGCAGGGCGGGCUGAAGCAUGCGCUACAGGGUCUAGGGGAUGCAAUGUAUCAGCAUAUGAUGUGUUGCUCGUGCUACAACGAGUACUUUGCAAACAUCGAAAAGGCGAAGCACAUCGAGCAGACCAUGAGCAAGAAAAAGACUUUCAAGGAGUACCUCGAGAAGGUCAAGAGCACCACCUCGGGGAUCGGCAACGUGGGCGUGCGCGAGCUGCUCAUGGAGCCAGUGCAGCGCAUUCCGCGGUACACGCUAAUGCUCAACGGCCUCGUAAAAUACAUGUCGCAACGUGAUCCGCAGCGCAUUCGGCUCGAGGAGGCCGUCGUACUCGCGAGCCGCAUUGCGAGCUGCGAGGCGGACGACAAAACCAAGCGCGCCGCGGUGCUCUGGUCCUUCUCGCGCAGCGUUGAGGGCUUCCCCGCCGAGCUGAUCAGCGCGCAUCGCGAGUUCAUCGACUCCGUCGACGUGGAUGACUUCCCCGCCGAGAGCCUGAUCGCCGCGCUCGGGCCAGCGGCGCUCUUCUCGCCCGGUGGCGUGCAGAUGGCGACGCGCACGCUGCACGUCACCCUCUUUCUCUUCGACGAUCGUCUCGCCGUCGUCAAGCGCAGCACGCCAACCGCGUCCGGCAGGCAGCUAGUCGGUCUCGAUGACCUGUCCAAACUGGCCGACCAGAUGAAGGCUUACACCGAGAAGCACAGUGGCGGCAACAGCAGCAGCGCCGGCGGCGGGAGUGCACUGCUCGGCUACGGCAGCAAGAAAGGUGAGCUUGCGUUCCGCGGGAUGAUCGACCUGCUCGACGUGCAGGCGUACGACCUCGGUGGCCCGGACUUCCAACUGUCCUUCUUCAAGAUGAUGUCCAAUGUCUCGGGCGACCGCUGGGCCAACCGGCCGACACGGCAGUACGUCGUCAGCGAGACGAACGGCUCCGCAGCUGUGCCGGCGCGGAUGCAGAAGACACGCUUCCUCGAGAAUCUCUGGAGAGCGCAGGCGCUGCUCAAGACGCGAGGGCAUAGGAGCCAUGCGCGCUGCGAGAUAUUGCCCGCAAGCUUUGACAGUCGCGAUAGAAGCAUCGUCCUGCCCAGGCAGGUCAUCUACUGGAAUAUCUAUACGCGAAGGAGCUGGCUGCAGGAGCAAAAGAAGACGGCUGUUGUGCUGCAUGUCGUUCUGAACGAGGCAGACGCAGCCGAGGCGCUUCCGCUCGGUCCGGAAGAAAUGCCGGCGCAUGCGGCCGUGCGCAUGGAGGAUCUCGACUUGGAUGACUGCUUCUGCUACCUGCGCGUACACACCCGCGAAGAAGGCUGGGCGAAGCGCACCGAGCGGGUCAGUCUGACCUCGUUGCAUGCCUUCAUGGCGGAUGUCGCCUCAACGCUUCCGGCUGACAAGCAAGACUUCCGCAACACACUCAGCCCCGAUCCAUCUACGCCGUCCACCUCCAAAAAGGGCGUCGUGGAAGGCCUAGAGAACUUUGGCCGCAAUCUGUUGCAUGCUGCCACACCCGGAAGCAUCCGCAGCUCGACGGACAGCGAACCGUACUCAACUGCUGGCAGGCGCAGCAAGGCGUCAUCUGUGUCGUAUGGUCAAUCUAGCAUGAAGACCCACUCUGCUGCGGGGACCUCUGCGACGAAGGCGACAACCUCGAGUAGAAACAAGGAAGGAACGCCUGUCAAGAGCAAGGACAUCGGCACAACAAAGGAGAAGCACGGCAGCGCAUCGCCCAGCCCAAGGAAGCUCGUGAAGAAGGGAGCGAUGUCCUCCUUGGGGCCGGGAGGACCAUUGUCGUCCAGUCCUUCUGGCACGCCGACACGCAUUGAAAUUCUUUCUCCGCGCCCAGAUGACCACAUCCCCACGCGCGAGGGCGAGAAAGGGGCGGCACAAUACACACCAAGGUCGAGUCCGCGCGCUCGGCACCUCAGUCUGCCUUAUGAUGCGACACAGAUGCCUCCGCAUGAGCCUGCUUCUCCGAAACGAACUCCACAAGCGUUACCAGCCAAACGCCAACCCAGCCCCAAUCUGCCAUCGAAGCUUCGUGGCGUGCCAUCCUGCGAGCGCAGCAUGUCCGGCUCCAAGCGCAGCGCCCCGCUGGAUGCGACGCCAACUGGCAAGCCACCCAAGCGCGCUGCGCACUCUGUAGAUGGCUGUCCAUCACCGGUGAACGUCUCUCCUCACCCAGGCAUCCUCUCGCCAUCGCCACGUGUGAAUGCGCCGCCUCCGCCGGCCGCGUAUGCCAGUGACAGCAGUCCGUCCGGACAUCAUCGCUGGCGACAGAGUCUCAAGCGGCAACAGUAUCGCGCAAAUGAGCGACGCGAAGCCUUUGCGCAGAUGAGACAGUUCCUCGUGGGUGUUGAAGACAAACGCGAGCACAUGAGCAACAAGGAGUUCAACGGGCUUUCCAAAGACCUCAACCUUCAGCUCUUAAAGUGGCUUGCAGACGCAGAGGGCGACUUUGACGCUGAAGAACAAGACCUGGCAGUCAUUUUGCAUCACGGCCCAGGCGUUCCCGUCGCAGUCACGUCUGAGGCGGAGUUGCAAGCCUUACGCGAGGAAGCUGCGAAAGUGCAGCCUCUUCGCACCAGAAUGAUGGGGCUCGAGCGCAAGUGCGAGCUGCUCACAGCGCUCGAAGCUGAUGGUCGUUUAGAGAACACCGAGCUGCACAGGGCCUUCAACGAAGAAUUGGACCACAUGUACGAGGAUACGCAGGCGCCCGAGAGUCACGAACUCGCAGUGCUGCGCAAGGAGAUCCAAAGGACCAAGGCCGAAAGGAACGAGAUCAACAUGAAUCUAAGACGGCUUCGCCGCGACCUUGAGCUCCAGGCGUCGGAGCUCGAGACGUGCAAGCAGAUACUAUCGGAUAGCGGAUUGCUAUGAUUAUUCUUCGGGCUUUUUGAUUUGAUGAGAGGCUGGACCUGUCCGUAUCCGCAUUCAGCAGUCGCAAUUCCUGUAAUGCAAUUCCUGUAAGAUCCCGCACGCGCACCACUCAGAGCA